UGACGUGGCAGGCAAGGCCAGGCACGGUCCUCGGAGCUGGGGCACCCGCAGCUGUCAGGUGGCCUCCGGACAGUCCCACCGGGAGGGAGCAGCAAGCCAGCAGCGGCGGAGGCUGCGAGCCCGGAGCCGGAAGUGCCACGUGUCCCGUUUGCGCCUGCGCGGCCGGCGGCUGACAGACACUUCCGGCUGGGGCCUCCCUCCUCUCCGGAUUUAGCUGUCGUCUCCAAGCCGAGCAUUUGCGGCUCCACCUGCCCGAUUCCCAAGCAUCAGCUCCCAGGCCAGGCCGUGGCCGCGGGCGGGCUGGGGCGAGUGCGGAGCCAUGCCUCGUGCUUGAUGCGCCGCCCUCUCUUCUCCUCGUCUUCAGUCCUUAGUCGUUAGCCCUCUCCCUCCGCUUACAGCUCUCGGCUUGGCGCUGUUGUCGAUCCCGACCAGCCCCUUCCAAACCCGAUAAUCGCCGUUCGUCAUGUCCCAGCCGGGAAUACCGGCCUCUGGCGGCGCCCCAACCGGCCUCCAGGCCCAGAACGGGACCCCCUCGGCCUCAGGGUCUCCUUACACCAACGGUCCUGUCCAAAAUGCACGGAUUUCUUCACAAGUGUCAAUGAGCCAAGGAUAUAAUUCCCAGCUUCCAGGAUCCUACCCUCAUUUAAUACCAGCAAAGACUUUGAAUCCAGUUUCUGGACAGUCUAACUAUGGUGGUUCUCAGGGAUCUGAGCAGACUCUUAGUAGACCACCUGUGGCUUCUAAUCUGGUGACAUCUUCAAUCUACAGUGGUCCUGUUCCCCAAAUGCCACUACCUGCUUCUCAGAACCCAGUUGCUGCAACAAUGCCUUCUGGUAGCUUUCUUCCUGGAGCCAACCUACCACCGCCUUUGAACUGGCAAUAUAACUAUCCACCCACAGUAUCACAGACAAACCAUUGUCCUCCUGCAACAUCCCAACUAACUGUAUCUGGGAAUACAAAUUUAACAACAAAUCAUCAAUAUGUUUCUUCUGGAGAUAUUUCACUUCAAAACAGCUUCAUAAAAUCAGGUUCUGCACCUCCCUUAGCAAAUCCACCUUUGCCUACUACUUUUCAACCAGGAACUCCUCAUGGGCCCCUUCCAACUGGAGGCAUACCUCCAGUAAGGGCCCUCAUGCCCCAGAAAUCAUCACAUAGAGCUGUACCUCCACCUUCAUUUAAUUCAGCUAUCAACCAAGAAGGUAUUACAUCAAAUACCAAUAAUGGAUCUAUGGUGGUCCACAAUAGUUAUGAUGAAAUUGAAGGAGGUGGCUUCUUGGCAACACCACAGCUUACUAAUAAGAAUCCCAAAAUGAGCCGAAGUGUUGGAUAUUCAUAUCCUUCCUUACCACCGGGUUAUCAGAACAUAACACCACCUAGUGCAACUGGAAUGCCACCCUCUUCGUUGAAUUACCCAAGUGGGCCACAAGCCUUUACUCAGACUCCCUUAGGUGCUAAUCAUUUAACCACAAGCAUGAGUGGAUUAAGUCUGCAUCCAGAGGGUCUAAGAGUUAUCAAUCUUCUUCAAGAAAGAAACAUGCUUCCUUCAACACCUGUGCAGCCUCCAGUUCCAAAUUUGCAUGAAGACAUCCAGAAACUCAACUGUAACCCAGAGUUAUUUCGAUGCACGCUGACUAAUAUUCCUCAGACUCAGGCCUUACUGAACAAAGCCAAACUUCCUUUGGGGCUACUGCUUCAUCCUUUCAAAGACCUGCUGCAAUUGCCUGUGGUUACCUCCAGUACGAUUGUGAGAUGCCGUUCAUGCAGGACGUAUAUCAACCCUUUUGUCAGCUUUCUUGAUCAAAGGAGGUGGAAGUGUAACUUAUGUUACCGAGUCAAUGAUGUUCCUGAAGAGUUCAUGUACAACCCUUUGACCAGAGUUUAUGGAGAACCUCACAGAAGACCUGAAGUUCAAAAUGCUACUAUUGAGUUUAUGGCUCCUUCAGAAUACAUGUUACGACCACCUCAACCUCCAGUGUACCUCUUUGUAUUUGAUGUGUCUCACAAUGCAGUUGAAACUGGAUACUUGAAUUCAGUUUGCCAGAGUUUGUUAGACAAUCUGGAUUUGCUUCCUGGCAACACUAGAACAAAAAUUGGCUUCAUAACAUUUGACAGUACAAUCCAUUUCUACAGUCUUCAAGAAGGUCUCUCUCAACCUCAGAUGCUAAUAGUUUCAGAUAUUGAAGAUGUUUUUAUACCUAUGCCAGAGAAUUUGUUAGUAAAUUUAAAUGAAAGUAAAGAGCUUGUCCAAGAUUUACUGAAAACUUUGCCACAAAUGUUUACCAAGACUCUGGAGACCCAGAGUGCCUUGGGUCCUGCACUUCAGGCUGCCUUUAAGCUGAUGUCCCCAACUGGUGGUCGAAUGUCUGUCUUUCAAACACAACUUCCAACUCUUGGAGUGGGAACCCUGAAACCACGAGAGGAACCCAACCAAAGGUCAUCUGCUAAGGAAAUACACCUAACACCAUCCACUGACUUCUAUAAGAAAUUAGCUUUGGACUGUUCUGGUCAGCAGGUAGCUGUUGACUUAUUCCUUCUCAGUGGACAGUAUUCUGAUUUGGCUUCUCUGGGUUGUAUUUCUCGAUAUUCAGCAGGUAGUGUUUAUUACUAUCCCUCUUACCAUCAUCAGCACAACCCAGUCCAGGUACAGAAAUUACAGAAGGAACUGCAGAGAUACCUCACUCGGAAGAUUGGCUUUGAGGCAGUCAUGAGGAUUAGGUGCACUAAAGGUCUUUCCAUUCAUACUUUCCAUGGGAACUUCUUUGUUCGAUCAACAGACUUAUUGUCUUUGCCCAAUGUCAACCCAGAUGCUGGGUAUGCAGUACAGAUGUCUGUAGAAGAGAGUCUUACUGACACUCAGUUGGUUUCUUUUCAGUCAGCACUCUUGUAUACAUCCAGCAAAGGUGAAAGAAGAAUUCGUGUCCAUACUUUGUGUUUGCCAGUAGUUUCAACUCUGAAUGAAGUCUUUCUUGGAGCUGAUGUUCAAGCAAUUUCAGGAUUAUUGGCCAAUAUGGCUGUUGACAGGUCCGUGACUUCCAGUCUGAGUGACGCUCGAGAUGCUCUAGUGAAUGCCGUCAUCGACUCUCUUUCAGCUUACCGUUCUUCAGUCCUGAGUAACCAGCAGCCUGGACUCAUGGUUCCUUUUUCUUUGCGGCUUUUUCCACUUUUUGUGUUGGCUCUCCUUAAGCAGAAAUCAUUCCAGACUGGGACAAAUGCACGGCUAGAUGAACGCAUUUUUGCUAUGUGUCAAGUGAAAAAUCAGCCCUUGGUUUACCUUAUGCUCACAACUCAUCCCAAUUUGUACAGAGUCGACGAUCUCUCAGAUGAGGGAGCACUCAACAUCAAUGAUAGAACCAUACCUCAACCCCCUAUUCUUCAGCUUUCAGUGGAAAAGCUGAGCAGAGAUGGAGCUUUCCUCAUGGAUGCAGGCUCUGUACUGAUGCUUUGGGUUGGAAAAAAUUGUGCACAAAAUUUUCUCAGCCAGGUUCUAGGAGUUCAAAACUAUGCAUCAAUUCCACAGACUAUGACAGAUCUUCCAGAACUUGAUACACCAGAAUCUGCCAGAACAAUAGCUUUCAUCUCUUGGCUUAGAGAGCAGAGACCAUUUUUCCCAAUACUUUAUGUAAUAAGGGAUGAGAGUCCAAUGAAAGCAAACUUCCUUCAAAACAUGGUAGAAGACAGAACAGAAUCUGCAUUAUCAUAUUAUGAAUUCCUCUUGCACAUACAGCAACAAGUGAAUAAAUGAACAAAUGAAGAAAUUUGACUUAGUUAUUUCUAAGGAAAGUCAUGAUAAGGCAGAAUAUCUGGGAAUAUAUAACACCUUCCUUUUCUAAUAAGUUUGUGAACUUACGUGAUGAUUAAGAUGUUCUCACUGUGAUUUCAACAAACUAUAGCAAAUAAAGGACCAGAGCAGAGAAUCAAACAUACAACUCUGAAAUACUGUAUUUUUCAAAUCAAAAUAUAUCUAUAUAUGAUUGAAUACCUUUUUUCCUUUGCUGCCAAUUAUGUUUGAGUUGUUAUGGAUUGAAAUAAGACAAGACAAUAUUGCAGAGGCAAAGUACAUUUUGUAAAAUAAAGAGAAUUCUGUGUUCAACAUGUAUAUUUCUCAUUUUUUAUUUUUCUGAAUAUUUGGCUGCUACAUUUAAAACCUCACAAGACUAAGCGUUGCAGGGAAGUUACAAAUCCAUUGGUAAUGAUAUUUUUAAAAUCAAAAAAAUUCAGAAGUAAAUAGAAUGUAGAAAAACUAGGAGUAAUACCCCAUACCCACUUUUUUUCCCCUUUUUUAAGAAAGAAAAAGGAUCAUCAUGUUAACUAAAACUAGAGUAAACUAACUAGUCUAGCUUGAGAAGAAUAUGAAGUAAUGCAUUUAAGCUUUAAAAUCAGUCAGUAUUCUUUAUACUUGAAGAAUAAAGUCAUUUGACUUGAAGUGAAAACUAUAAUAAGGUGGUUUUCUGAUUUGGCUGAGGAAAACUUGGACAUCCUGUCUUACUCUGCAGUACAAAGAAUUGGAGCUGUCUUUAUAAAUAUAUUGGGACUGGUGAUGAUAAUAGAGAGAGAAAAAAACUUUAGUUAUCUUGAUCCCUUUAAGUGGGUUUUUGUUGGGUACAUUUCUGCUCUGUGAUGUAUAAUAAAAGUGUUAAUUUGGUGAAAUGAGGAUGAAUGAAAGAAAGAUUUCUUAAAUGGUAUCUUAAAUGUAUCAGCAACAUUUUCCUAAGGAGUUUAAUAAUUAAAUUGGAAGCCACUCAUAAGAAAUAUUUAUUCUUGGAUAUUAAAACCCAUUAAAGCAUGAAUGCUGCUAUUUGAUUUAGUGGAUAUUAACAUUUAACAAAUUCAAUAUAUUGAUGUUCUGAAAGACUUGAUUUCUGAACAUGCUCAAGAGACUGCUUUUUUGAUUCAGCUCAAGAAAUAUUGUCAAAACUAUUGAGCAAAUUUUGUUUACAAAUAGGUAAAUUACACAUCUGUGUAUUUAAAGUGCUGUGAUAUAUCUCUAAAAGAGUUUGGCUCAGUUUUCCCAGAUUCAUCUUGUCUUGAAUGAACUUCUUAUAAGAUGUUCAUGUCUUAUACUUGAUGAAAAGAUUUUUGGUUUUUUGUUUUAAUGGGUUAGAAAAUGUGUUUACAAUCUUGGUCUCAUAUGAUCACCAGUGAAAUAGUAACUUUCAGGUUUACAUCAAUAUGAGCUGAUUUUAACUAAGUUGCUUGGGAUAGGGAAGAAGCAGGUCCCUCUAGACUAUACAACUACUUCCAGCUGUAUCAGAAUAAUCAUGUUUUAUAAAAAUAUCAUCUCCCUUAAACAGUGUUAAAGUUUGUUUUCCGUGUGCAAGUGGUACGUUGAACUGGAAGUUUUCUUGAAAGCUGCUUCAUUUAUUUGAAGAAAUUUUCAAAUUGUAGUAAAUUAAAAUAAAUUUAUAUUUUCCCCUAUUUUAAAGAAAGAGUCAUUAUGUACUUAUUUUGAGAAACAUAAGUACAUAACUAAAAUCUUCUUAAUGUGACUUAAAUGUUGGUAUUUGUAGGUCCUUUCUUAAUAAUAGUAAAGAAUCUUCCAGAGGGAAACAUUUGUGCUUCUAGGGAUAAUCUUCCUUGUGCCUCACUACAUCCCUAAGUGGAUAUGACUCUUGUUAUUACCACAUGCUUUGUUAGUAUAUUUCACAAAUUUAGUUUUAAAAAUUUUACUUUAAAAAAUUGUUUUAGAUAUUGUAUAACAUGUGCAAUCCAGAAUAAUUUUAUAACAGGUCAUAAAAACAUAACUUUAGUUAGGAUUCACAGUAUUUGUUCUCUAGAUAAUGGGAGAAUGAAUGAGCCUUUUCAGGAUAUUGAUAUAAAGCAAUUAUUUUUUGCAAUAUUGAAUGUGUUUUCUAGUUUGAUUUUUUUUUUUUUUUUUUGCAGUAGGGCACUAUCUGCCGUAUCAUCUUGUAUUACUUUUUGAUGUAAAGCAACUAAUAUUUACACUAUGCCAUAUUUUUUUUUAUUGUAGUUGUAAAUUAUGAAAGAUCCUUGAAUUUUUUACCAAUCUACAACUACUAAAAUAACAGACAAGGGCAAUCUUGGUAUUUAAAUCUGAGCAUGGCAGUUCUACCAUAAAAAGUACUCUAUUUUUCUAAUUUCUAGGGUUUUUAAAAUAACAUUUCUGUAAGUCUUCUGACAUACUAAUAUUCACUCAAGCAGUACCAUUUGUUUUAGUUUGCGUAUAUUUCAUUCUUUUUAAUUUAAUGUAAUGUACUGAGUCUAAUAGACUGUUUUGCAAUAAUUAGAAUAAAAGAUUUAUUUCUUCUAAUAAAAGAUGCAUAACAGCUAUUAUCUAGGGGACCACCAAAUGUGAUUUCAAGAUUUAGUUAACUAUUACAAAUGUAAUCCUUAUGUAGAAAUUUUAAUUUUGUAAAGUAGUGUAUAAUAUUGUAACAUUAAAUUCUUGUUCUCAAAUUCAAAUAUGUAUUGAUUUUUCAAUGUGCUGUGUUAAUCUUGCUUCUCUGAAAUGUUAGAGACAAGAUUUGUCUUCCUUUUUAAAGUUUGUAAUUUUCACUGUUUUAUUCCUGUAAAAAAACAAAAAAAAAAGUCAUUUGUAACCCAUGCAAACAAUCAUUUGAUCUGUGCUAACUUACCAAUUUGGCUAUUCA